AUGUCCUCGCCAUUGAGACCCUCGUCGUGGUCGGUGACGAUGACGACGCCGCCCCGUCGUCGCUCCGUCCAUGGCUCCUCGUCGCCUUCCCUCUCGCCCUCGGUCUCCCACUCGCCGUCGCCCUCGAUCUCGCCCUCGUCGUCGCACUCGUUUGUCGUCGACUUUGAGCGCUCCUCGGUGCGCACGCCUGCAUCGACGCGGUACAAGUCGCGCGCCUCGUCGAUAACGUUGCCGUACUCAAGUGGCGGCUGCGGCGCUGGCAAGGGCAGCGAUGGCGACGGCGACGGCGACGGCCCUGCGAUGCUCCUGGGCACGGCAGCCAGCCGAAGGUAUGUGCCACCGAUGGCACUCCUCGGCUCCAUCAUCGCUGUCCUCGUCCUGACGGCAGGCGCAGCAUCGCUCAUGACGGCGUGGCUGUAUGCGCACAAGAUGCCGCUCAAGUCGCCCGGCGUCCUCUACGUCAACGAGGGCAACGAGGAGGAGCGCGGGCGCGAGUACCGCGACGAGGCCCUGGGCCCCAACGGCCGCCUGCGCUUCGACGAGCAGGUCUCGCACCCCACGACGCUCACCAUCUCCAGCGUCACCUCGACGCUCCUCGGCUACUCCCUCGAGCCCCUCAUGGCCCUCGUCGCCUACCGCCUGGCCGCCGACUGGCUCACGCUCCAGCGCCGCUUUCUGCAGCAGUCGCCACUUCACUCGCGCUCGCCGUCGAACUCGCAGUCGCCUCGUCAUGCAGAAGCCAUCGACCUGCCCACGCCGCUCCAGUACGCGCUUCUGGCCCAGCUCACAUCCAAGGUCAGCCUGGGCGCCAUGGUCAACACGCUCCGCCACCGGCUCCUCGCGCACGGCUCCCAGGCCAGGGUGCCCGCCAUGCUCCGCCGUGCCCUCGCCUGGAGCCUCGUCCUCUUCCUUCUCAACUUCUCCAUCGCCAACCUGGACGUGCUCCUCCACGAGACGACACGCACCGUGGCUGUUGCCGACGUCGAUGCGGUGCUGAGCAGCAAGCCAUAUGGCUUUGCCCUCAAUCGCACACUCUGCAGCAGCAGCAGCGGCGAUGCGUCUGCCCCCUGCCUCUUUGACGCCACCACGCGCAGGUUUGCCGCCACAGUCUCGACAAAGGCCAUCGGCGCCGAGGGCUUCCUCACGGCCACCAACGCCUCGCAGUCGCGCCUCGUCCAGACCUUCUUUGACCGUGGCCUGGACAGCGACACCGCGCGCAGCACCGUCUACCUCACCAACCCGAAGGUGCACCGUGCCGAGUACGCCGCUGCGCUCCAGACGACGGGCGUGUCGUGCCACUGCCGCGUGGUCACGCCGCAGUGCAGGGCGACGACCAGCUCCUUUGACUGCACCCCGCUCGGCCACCCCGAGCUCAAGGUCGACGCCGUUACGGUGGCCACUGGCGAGGGUGACGGCGACGGCGCUGCACUCCUGGGCGUAAACAACGCCAUCCACGUGGGCCAGCUGCCGUCGUCGACCAGCCGGCUCCCGCUCGCCGUGCAGCUCGUCUACCCUGUCGAGGGUGUCGACAAUGCCCACACAGGCUUCCAGACCAUCAGCCCCCUUGUCGGCAAUGCCAGCCACGCCUACGUGCUGGCCCUGUGCGAGCUCGAGUACCUGGACCUGGGCCUGUCCUACUUUAAUGGCACCUACACGCUCGAGAGUCAGGCGUCUGCCGAUGCACCGCUGGCCACUGCGCUCUCGGGCCCGCUCCUGGCCGGCGAGGUGACGGCGAUGGCCGCCUCUGCGCUGGCCAAGGCUGCCGGCCGCGUGCCCAGCGACGACUAUGCGUCCGAACUCGGCCACGCCAUCGGCUACCACGCACUCGCCCUCGUCGGCGGCCUCUUUGAGCCGCAGAUGGUCGCCGUGCGCCAGUGGCGACGCAUCCUCGCCCAGCAGUACAACUUCUACCUCGUCGCCAUCUUCAUCGGCCUCCUCUACGCCUAUGCCCUGGCCGCCAUCAUCGUCUUCUUCUGGGCCUGGUCCGUGUCCUCGGACACCGUGUCGUACUACAAUGACGCACACGAAAAGGUCGAGGUGCCCGCUGCGCUCCUGGCCCAGCGCCGGCUUGUGGACCCCAUCACCCACCUGGUCCAGGACCACCUCUCGGGCGGCCAUGCCCACGCCCUGAGCCCGCGCUCUGGCCAUGUCUCCUACCCCACCCACCACCACCACCACCACCACCUGCAGCAGUCACCGUCGCCAUCGCCGUCGCCGUCGCUGCACUCGGCCUCGGCCUCAGUGUCGGGCCACCACCGCGAAAAGUCCGAGGCGGCCCUGCGCACGGCGCGCAGGAAGAUGCUCCAGGUCUUUGACGAGCCGCGCGACCAGGAGCGCGUCGUCAUUGCCGUCCACGACGGCGGCCGGGGCUUUGGCGUGUGGCCCGCCUCGGCCGCGCGGGGGACGAGCUGCUAG